AUGGCUAGCAGUAAAAAUGGUACCGUGCUCUUCGUCAGUUUGAUGAUUUUGUUAUUAAUUUCGACAGGAGUAAAAGCUUAUUGUGAGAGAGUACGAAGCAGGUCAGCACCACAUGACAUUUGUAAGAAAAAAAAUGGCAAUGCGGUGUGCAAAGAGAAGUGUUGGACAAUAGAAAAAUAUCAAAAUGGACGAUGUCUAAUACUUCCAAAGACGACAAAAUUGGAUUGCUACUGCUACCAUUUUGACCAAUGCUGAGUCUAAACCCAUCAGUCAUGCAAUAUAAUGUGUA